AUGUUCUUCACAUAAACUAAAUUUCAUAAACUGAGUUCUUAGAAAGAAUUAUUGGCUAAGAUUUAAGAAUUUGAAAUCCACACCAAUUUUGAUUCUCCGAGAACCUAAAAGGCUUUGCUAAAAAUGAAUAAGACUAAAUAUGACUUUAGAAGGAAAAAUAAGUUUGAAAAGCAUAAUGAGUUAGAAUAUAGAAAUAAAAGGAAUAAUAAAUCUUUGGAUUAAUAAUCAAUUGAUUUUGAAUAUGAGACUUAUUUAGAGCAAUUAUUAAAUGAUUACAUGGAACUGAAAGAACAAAGAAAACAAAUAAAAGAAUGGUUUUAAAAAAAAUAGUAAGAAGAAGAUGAAUUACGGGGUUAUGAAUACAUACCAUUUAAUAGUAUAAAUUCAGCAACUCCAUUUCAAUGUCAAACUAUAACCAUAGAUGAUAAAAUUGGCAAAAUCAAUUAAGAAAGAUAGAGACAAUUAAGUUUGAAUAAUGCUGAAGUGAAAGAUGCAUUGCUGCUUGAAUUAGAUAGAAGAUAGUGGGAAUAAGCAACCUUGGAAAGAAGACAAAAAAAUGUGUAAAUAAGAUCGGCCAAAAUUAUGGAGAUUAAAAUGAAAGCUUAGGAAUAAAAUAAGAGAGCUAAAAAGAAAUGUGAAACCUAGAAAAAGUUGAAAGAAGAAUAAAUAGAAGGAGACUUAGUUAAAGCAAAAGAAUUUUAAGAGAAAUUGAAUCAAAAAGACAACGAAAUAGCUACUAAGAAAUCUAAUAUAAUUAUGGAGAAGAUUGAGAAAAAUAAGAAAUUAGAAGAGAAGAUCCUAUUUAGAAAAUCAUUAUUGAAUCAUGAAUAGUCCGAAACUCUAUUUUAGAAUAUAAGAAAAGAAACUCAAACUGAAGAAAAUCGAUUAAAAUCAGUAGAAAGACAGGCAAAAGAUAGGUAAGACAAAUAAUGGAGAUACGAAUAAUAAUUAUUGAGAAUUCAUGAAAAAAGCGCAUCAUCUAAAGCUAUUUGGGAAUCUGAAUUGUGUAAUAAUUACGGAAAGAAAAUGAUCUCUAUAGAAGAAUAGAAAAAGAAGAAUGAGGAUCUGAUGAAGUAGGAGGCUAUUAAAAUGUCUAAGGAGAGAAAAGAUAAAUUGAGGAAACAUUAAUAAAAUCUAGAAAUAGUUAAGGAAGAAGAAAAACAAUGGUAAAUAAAGUUAUAGGAGAAAUUGUAAAACAAAGAUGAUGUUUCGAAGAAACUAAGAAUCAGUAAACUUGAAGAAAUCAAACAAUUAAAAGAAUAAAAUGCUUAAAAUUAAAGAGAAUAUUGGUAUAAAUUAGAGUUGAGAAAAAGAAAAUAAUUUAGUUAAUAAGAUUUGUUAUUGGAACGAUCUUUAAAUGCUUAAAAGAAAUCAAUAUAAUAAAAAAAUGAAUAAGAGAAGCUGCUAUUUUAUUUGUAGACUUCAAAACAGAAGAUGAAUUCAGAAAUCAGCAAUAAAGAAUAAAAAAUAAAGUUAAUACAUUAAUAAUCAUCAACUUAACUAUUAGAAUAAUUGAAAGAACUUGUUCCAGAGUCAGAAUUCAUUGAAUUACAGAAGUAAUAUAAAAUAACUAAAAAGCCUCAAACUGCAAAUCCAUAAACUACAAAUAAAUUAUGA